AUGCCCUUCUCCCUGACAGGGACCGUGAAGGCUCUGCCGCCCAAGCUUGGGAAAUCUGCCAGCCAGCCUUUCUCGGAUGAUGGCCCCACUCAGCCGAGGAGUUCCACCCCCCGCCUGGCCAAGACAGGAGGCAUCUCCGGUCGGUUAGCACGCUCGGAAAACAACCUCACACGCCUGGCUGGUACCGUCGCAGCCCGCCACCACCUCUGCGAAGCUACGAAGAGCCAACCGCAGCUUCUUUGGGAGAAGGCGCGCACGGGCGAACAGGCGCUUCCGGCACUCGCCAGGUCUCUACGGAGCGAACGACUCGCCGUGCUAGCCACGCACAACAACCCGAGCCUGCUUCGCGUCAGCGAAGCACAAAUCCGGAAGAUCAUGCCAACACUUGUCUCCUUGUGUGGCGGGGCUGAAGAGGCGGCUUAUGCCAUCGCCUCGCGCCCUGAGCUGCUCGAGGUCGAGGCUGCAUCGAGCUUUCGAAGCGCUUUGCAGGCCCUUGCGGGCUUCUUCGGGAACCUGAAGGAUGGUUUAUUCCUCCUCGGGCAAACCACGGCGCCACCGUCGGUGAAAGUCCUUGCCCGGCAAUUCUGCCGCGAGUACAUGGUG